ACGCAUGCGCAACAGCCCAAGCGGAAAUGGCUGCGAAAAGGAUGGCAUUCGCAAACUUUUUCGGUAGUAAACAAAAAACAUUUCGUCCUAGAAAGAGGGGCAUAUUUGAGGGGACAAUCAAGUUUAAACUUCACAAACAGGCUAAUGCCUCGCUCAAUUCAGGUAUUGACCUCCAGGAAGUAGUGAAGCUCCCACAUGGGGAGGAUCGUAACGACUGGAUCGCUGUCCACGUGGUGGACUUCUUCAACAGAAUCAACAUGCUGUAUGGUACUCUGUGUGAGUACUGUACGGAACAGACCUGUCCUACAAUGUCAGGGGGACCAAAGUAUGAUUAUUAUUGGUGUGAUGGUAUAAAUUACAAGAAACCUACAGCCCUACCAGCCCCCAAAUACAUCUCCAAUCUCAUGGAAUGGGUAGAGGAACAGAUCAAUGAUGAAAACAUAUUCCCAGUAAAAGUUGGUGUGCCGUUUCCCAAGAAUUUCACCCCCACAGUAAAGAAGAUCCUGACAAGACUGUUCAGAGUCUUCGUCCACGUGUAUAUCCACCAUUUCGAUAAAUUACUGGCACUUGAGGCGGAGGCUCAUGUCAACACGUGCUUCAAACACUUCUACUACUUUAUCAAGGAGUUUGAACUGGUGGAGAAGAAGGAGCUAGAACCACUCCGAGAAAUGACCGAAAGGAUGUGUCACUGCUAACGGGCCUUCAAGCAGUGGAAAAGGCAUGGUAGGGUAAUUGCAUGCUAUAUCUCCACUUUGUGCUAGGAGGGGAGGGAGCGGCACCCCAGGGUAUAGACAGGAGACUUGGAUUCGUAAGACAAGGAAGGAAAAGCAUUACAAAUCCAAGAGUAGCAGAGAGACAAACCUCCGUCAUGGACUUCAUAGCAAUGCAGGGAAUAAUAUUGACUCAUUUUUGUCGUCAUCAUCAUCAUCAUCAUGAUCAUUAUUACAAUGGUUUCAACAUAUAAUUAGGUGUUUAGUGGAGGAAACCGUUAUGUAUGGUCCUCCGAAACCCAAACAGUUACAUGCAUAUAUAGACUUCCUGUGUGUGGAAUAGACCUAUCGCCAACUAACUGACAAUUUGACAUAACAGAUUUCUGGUUCUCAUUGAUUUGAUUAUGAUGUCAUAAUCUAAUCUGUUAGGAUGUCGGCGAUCGUGGUGAUAGAUCAGCUGACAAUUACGGAUUGUGAUUAUUUUUGCUAGCUAGACUAUUAUAUUAGCUGUCUAAUUUGUUGAGAAAUUUUACAAUGCGAACACCUUGGUAUGUUUAUACGUUCAUGAGCAGUUAUCCCUAUAUUAUAUAUCAUUAAUAAAUUAUGUCAUUUUCAUCAUUAUCAGGGGUACGUUCAGAAGCAAAGUCGUUCAUAGAGAGUGUUCUGUAGCAAGUCACUUUCAAAUUAAAUCAAAGGACAAGUAAAAGAGUUUUUUUCCACAAAUGUUGCAGAACGCUUUUUGUUCUGAACGUACCCUAGUUCUUAAAAAAUAAUCUAUAUUUGAAAAUCCAGCUUAACUUUUUUGUCCAUACUUUUCCGAGAUAAGACUCUUGUUUCGAUUUCAUAACAUAAAUUGUAUAUGCAAUUAUAUAAUUGCUUUACAUUUGGAAAAAAUCUUCCAGUGUAGUAUAUGGCAUAUUUUUUUGCUUUUUUGAUAGAUGGUGGAUAACAUUUGAAUUUGAUAGAUAUACAUGUUUUACAGUUUUGUAAUAAAACGAUAUUUCCGCUUCCUGUACUUUGUUAUUGCCCCUUUCGUGGUGUCGAAAUUCAAACAAGUUCGUCUACCCUGAACCCCAAAACAUUUUGAUUGUACAAUAUCUAAUGAUGUUAAGACUAUACAUGAAUGGUUGUAGCAUAAACUGUAUUCAUUACUUUUUCUAUGAAAGCAAAAUACUUAAAAUGCAUCUUAAUUAUAAAGUUUGUUUCCCUUAUACAUCAAGCAUAAAUUAAUUAUCUUAUUACUGUAUACUUCAAACAAUUUUAUCUCAAAAAUUUAGAAACAUUUAAAUUAUGUUGAAGAAAAUUGGAAAAUGGGAUCUGAAAAUGGGUUCGUUCGGUUUUGUUUAACAUCGGUCACACUUCGGGGUCAGGUAUUUUUAAUGCACAUAUUUCAAAAGAAAAACGAACAUUUCCAAAUAUUCAUCAAGUUCAUUUGCUUUCAAUUUAGAAUAUAAUUUUGUUAAGUAUUCACAUUCUCCCUUUGCAAAAAUGAUAACAACUUACUGUGUCAUUUUUAGGUUGAUUUUGUUUCUGUCUGAUUUACUUAAUUAUAACAUUGCCUUUCAGGCAAAUGGUUUUGUCGCUUCUACUUAUUUUUUUUCUUCUGAUUUUUAAUUUGCAGCAUAUAUGACGGCUGGCAUUCCUAAUUUUGAUUAAUAUUGUUAUGAAUUUUGUUAAUUGUUUGUUAAUGUAUGUAUCCAUUUUAGCUGGUCUAAAUUUUUUUGAAAUCUUUCUGUAAAUUGUGUUAAUCUGUUGGUAUCUGAGGCCGCUGUAAAGCACAGUCUCUUUAUUAUUGGUUCAACAACAUUUCAGAUGAUUUUAAAAAAGUGCUUUUAUUAUGCUACACCUGAUUGUACAUUUUAAUUUUCUUUUCUUUAUGAAUGUGCCAAUGUGGUAAUAUGAGUAUGUCAUUUGAUAACUCCAGAUUUUCUCCAAUGUCAAUAUCAAACUUGCUUUGAUUUGUGUUAAUAUUAAAUAAUUUAAUCUUGCUUGCAACAAGCAUUUUCAUUGGCUUACAAAUUUAUGUUAUCAGCCCAUAAUGUAAAAAAAAAAAAAGACGUUGCCGUUUGUAACAUCGCUUUUGAUUUGCUGAUACAGCAGCGCAAUAAUUUCUAAGAGAAAAGAGAGCAUCAAUAAAAGAGUAUUUCCACAGGGAUUGUGUA